GAAGUGAAAGAAGAUGGUGAUGUAACAACUGUUGAAGUCGUUAAUUUCAAAGAGAAAUCGCCAAGGAAGGUGCUUAAAAAGAUAUUAGAUGGUUGCUCAUUCUGUACUUGUAAUGCUCCAGUUAAAAUAAGCUAUGAAGACAUUCUUAUAUUAGAACAGUUUAUGAGAGAGGAUGGGACUAUUUUACCUCGCCAAAUUACUGGUCUUUGUAAACAACAGCAAUUCCGCAUUGAACGUUGUAUUAUGCAGGCACAUUGGUCUGGAUUGUUUCCAGAUAAAACGUUACCUGAUUUUGAUCGUGCAGGAUAUAAACGAUUUAACAGAUAUUGGAAUGGUGACAUGGAUAUGUACCGUUUGAAAGAAAAGGUGGAACAAGGUAGUUGGUAUUAUAUCAAACGUUAUAAAAUUGUUAAUGGUUCGAAUCAUAGAUACUGA